GCGUGAUUGACACCCACCGAGCUCGAGCCUGUCCUGUGGGCUGUAACGCCUCGCGCUUGUACGGAGAAAACCAGGUUAAAGUCGACCAGCAGUGAUACAGCUCUGUAAACCAUGACUUAAAACUUUUGUGAAUGCUUUGUCUUCAAUCCACUGAAUAUGCGGAAGUACCGAAGAUUGCAUUGAGGUCUCUGUUGCAUUCUGGAGGAGCCGCUGCAGCUCCACUGAUGGGCCCGGAGCAUUGCGGACAACAGACAUGCACUUGGUUCCUUACCUGAAUCGUAUGCAAAAGGACACUUAAAACAUUGUUAAAAAAAUAAUAAUAAUUCGGAACUCAGUUUAUUCUGAUUUACAAACAUUAUCAUUUUCUGGUUGUUUAUGCCGGGAUAUUGUAGGUUGUAAAGACACCAAGCAGUUUUCUGUUGGAACUGGCCUCAAAGAAGUAGCUUGGAGUUAUAAGACAAUACCUUUUUUUUUUAAGUAAGCUCUGACGUUCCCAUCAGUAUGAGCGCUGAAGGAUACCAGUACCGAGCGCUCUACGACUACAAGAAGGAGCGGGAGGAGGACAUUGACCUGCACGUCGGGGACAUACUGACGGUCAGCAAGGGGGCCCUCCUCGCUCUGGAUUACGUAGAGGGCCUGGAGCAGAGGCCGGACGAUAUCGGCUGGCUGCCGGGGUUCAACGAAACCACCCAGGUGAAGGGGGACUUCCCGGGGACCUACGUGGAGUACAUCGGGAAGAAAUGGCUCUCCCCUCCGACCCCGAAGCAGAGACCCCUCCGGCCCCUGCCCCUGGCCCCGGCCACCUCCAGAACGGGGGCGGACUCCGAUUCGGAGCAAGGGUUCGCUCUGACGGACCUGACGGAGCAGUUUGCCCCCCCGGAGACGGCACCACCCAUGCUGGCUUCCCUGCUGGAGGCCAUUGAAAGAAAGGGUCUGGAUAAUCCAACGUUGUAUCGGACAUUCGCUGCCGGGGCUGGCCUGGAAGUCAGACAGUGCUUUGAAUCCGAUCAGCCCGCAGAGGAGCUGGACCAGCUGGACCUGGCCGGGCUCUGUGACGGUGUGCUCCGCUACUUGCAGGACCUGCCCACGGCGGUCAUCCCCCCCGCCGUGUACGCUCAGAUGGUGCAGACCGCCCAAGAAGUGACGAACCCUGAGGAGUGCGCUCAGCUGCUGCGCUCCAUCCCCAGCUCCCCCAACCUGCCCGCCCAGUACUGGCUCACGCUGCACCACCUGCUGCGCCACUUCUCCCGCGUCUGCCACCACGGCCCCAAGAACCUGCUCUCCGCCCGCGCCCUGGGCGAGAUCUUCAGCGGGGUGCUCUUCAGACAGGAGCCCGCCAGUUGUGAGCCAAACCCGGAGGUCCACGUGAAGAUCCUGGAGGCUCUGGUGACCAGCGAGGUCAAUGAGACCCAGGCAGCUCCAGCACUGCCUCCGAAGCCGACCAAGCCCGCGCCCGCGACUAACAACGGCAUCAUCACCAACAACGGCAUGGCUCUCCACGAGGCAGAGUGGUACUGGGGCGACAUCUCCCGCGAGGAGGUGAACGAGAAGCUGCGGGACACGGCCGACGGCACCUUCCUGGUGCGGGACGCCUCCACCAAGAUGCACGGCGACUACACGCUCACCCUGAGGAAAGGCGGCAACAACAAGCUGAUCAAGAUCUUCCACCGCGACGGGAAGUACGGCUUCUCGGACCCGCUGACCUUUGGCUCAGUGGUGGAGCUCAUCAACCACUACCGCAACGAGUCGCUGGCCCAGUACAACCCCAAGCUGGACGUCAAGCUGCUAUUCCCCGUCUCCAAGCACCAGCAGGAUCAAGUGGUGAAAGAGGACAACAUCGAGGCGGUGGGGAAGAAGCUGUGUGAGUACCACCAGCAGUACCAGCUGAAGAACAAGGAGUACGACCGGCUCUAUGAAGAGUACACCCGAACAUCCCAAGAAAUCCAAAUGAAGAGGACGGCCAUCGAGGCGUUCAACGAGACGAUAAAGAUAUUCGAGGAGCAGUGUCAGACGCAAGAGCGCUACAGCAAAGAGUACAUCGAGAAGUUCCGGAGAGAGGGCAACGAGAAGGAGAUCCAAAGCGUUCCCUCUUCCCCGCCUGCCUCUCCCAGGAUCAUGGGCAACUACGAAAAGCUCAAGUCGAGGAUCAGCGAGAUCGUGGACAGCAAGCGGCGGCUGGAGGAGGACCUGAAGAAGCAGGCGGCCGACUACCGGGAGAUCGACAAGAGGAUGAACAGCAUCAAGCCCGACCUCAUACAGCUGAGGAAGACCAGGGAUCAGUACCUCAUGUGGUUGACACAGAAGGGCGUGCGGCAGAAGAAGCUCAACGAGUGGCUGGGCAUCAAGAACGAGAACACAGAAGAUCAGUACUCGAUGGUGGAGGACGACGAGGACCUGCCCCACCACGACGAACGCUCCUGGAAGCUGGGCAACAUCAACCGCCUGAAGGCCGAGGACCUCCUGCGGGGCAAGAGAGACGGAACAUUCCUGGUCCGGGACAGCAGCAAAGCCGGCUGCUACGCCUGCAGCGUUGUCGUGGACGGCGAGGUGAAGCACUGCGUCAUCAACAAGACGCCGUCGGGCUUCGGCUUCGCCGAGCCCUACAACCUGUACGGCUCGCUGAAGGAGCUGGUCCUCCACUACCAGCACACCUCGCUGGUGCAGCACAACGACUCGCUCAACGUCACCCUGGCCUACCCCGUCUACACCCAGCAGAGACGCUGAGACGCCCCCCCCCCGCAGCGCCCCAAGGACCCCCCCAAUCGUUGACCGUGUCCCAGGGGGCUUCUGGUUUGGUCUCCUUCUGACCGGUGGACUCCACACAAGAGGCGGACGGACUGAGGCCCGCCAGGAGGAAGAGGAGGACGAUGAGGUGAUUCAGAGACUUGAUACCGGCUAUGGAUGACGUUGAGGAGCCUGAAUGUAGAUUCAACCCCUUCUUUAUUUUUGUGGUCGUUGCUGUUGUGGCGGGAGCACAGAAUCAGGCCGAGCCCGCGGAGCGGUCUCCACGGCGACGGACUUGAAGGCCUUCUCUUUCCAAACGGUGCUUUCUCCUUUCAAGCUGUACCAGCUGGAAUGUCGUCUCCCCCCCCCCCCCCCCCCCCCCACAAGAGGAGGUCCCUCAGUGGGUGACAGAGACUGGCCGCACAUUAUCCCCCUUACCCGUCUUGAUUUAUUUGGGGGGGUAUUUUAUGUGUGUGUGUGUGUUUGUGUUUGUGUUUGUGUUUGUGCGUGUGCGUGUGCGUGUGUGUGUGUGUGUGUGUGUGUGUGUGUGUGUGUGUGUGUGUGUGUGUGUGUGUGUGUGAGUUUGAGUGAGUGAGUGAGUGAUGGUGCGAGGUAGUUUAUGUGACCAAAACAUUUUGAAUCAGGAAGCUGUGCGACGUGUGUGUAUGUUCGGCGUGUGAACGUUAGUUUGUUUGUAUUCACUUUUUUUUUUUGUAGCAGAACAUGGAUCAGCUGAUAAAUGUAGCAAAAUGGCACUUUGUUUGGGUUUCUUGAAAAGACUCAAAGGACUUCAACCCUGGAGCUGGGCGGUCAAGAUCCCUUGCUUUUUCUUUGUGGAAACAAAAACCUAUUGGAAAUGUGUGAAACUAUGAACAGAAGAGAUUAGGUGGAAACUAUUAAUUUAUGUACAUAGAGGACUUGUGCAAAGCGAUAAUACCUAGUGUACCAUACCAAAAAAAAGAAUAGUUCUCGUUUCGCUGUGAUCGGCUAUGCAAUUCUAUCUCACCUCUCAAAACUGUAUGUUUUCUUCUGUUGCCACCAACGAUAUAAGCUUGUUUUUGCUUGAAAUAAUAUUUUUUUUUCCAGUGUAAUUAAAAAGGAUAUUUUGUCAAAAAUGCCACGAUGGAGAGAAAAAGGACAACUUGAUUUGUAAAGGAAAAGAACAUAUACUUUAUCGCAGAUGACUUUAUUGACUGGCUAACAGAUGGACAGGUUGAUUAUUUUGUCACGCCCUGUCGCUUCAACCCGAUCGCUUCUCAGGCCAAGCCUUUUGUUGAGUAUUUGAGCUGCUUCACUCACAGUGACUUUCUUAACGUAGCCAGGCCAAGUUUUGACGAUCUUUGUCGUAAACAACGCAAAAAGUCAAAGUUUGGGUACGUGUGUAGCGUGUGCACAGCGGGGAAAGCUGCAACGUUAGCCGUACGCUACACGUCGUACGAUAACCCCACGGGUCGUACAAUAACCGUACUCAUCGUAUGCUACGUGUCGUACGAUAACCGUACUCAUCGUAUGCUACUUGUCGUACGAUAACUAUGCGCCGUAUGGCGCUGUUUCCACAUCUCCUUGAACACGGAAAACAAUUAUAAAGAUUUAUUUUGUUAUAAAAACCACAAAAAGAUAUCAAAGCAGAACUGUUUUAAAAGACCAUGGCUAUGGUAAUUCUAAGAAUAAACAGGGGAGGUUGUUCUAUCUUCCUAUAUACAUUGUCGACUUAGUAUUUUUUUCUGUAUCAGAAAAGCAUUAAGUGUUUACAUGGGUGGAUCAGCUCAUUUCAAAUAGUCUGUGAUUUCUUUAUUUUCAUAACGCAUUAUUGUAUGCCAGUGGGGAUGGUGGGCUUUGUUUGAAGACGGUACUAAAUCGUGUAUUCCAUGUUUGAGGCCAGAUUAUGGAAAGUACAAAUUGAACUCAAUUGGACUGGACACUUGGGCACUUUCAACGUUGACCUAAACGUUGGAAUUGGCACAUGUCAUGAAAUACAGCAAGUUCUUGAAUGACUAUAAAAUCGCUAAUUUGACCACCACUAUAUUAGAAUUACUGGCCAUUCUUGGUUGGAUAUUUUUCUUUUCAAAUACUGCAAUUAUAUACUCGCCUUAAAAAGAGACUUCGAUAUGGCCCUAACUCCCCCACAAAAAAUGUACUUGGGUCGGUUUUUCUGACCAAUUAAUCACGUUAUGUUCCCUAUGUUUAUAAAUGACAUUAACCUGAUAAGUAGCAUGAUCAUUAACCUAGUUGAAAUAGUUUUGCUACCUUCCCAUGAUGACAGCUUCCUUUUCUAAAACCGAUGGUACUUUCUUUGUUUAAUAAUGGGAAUGGUCUAUGUGUAUAUUUUCAGGUGUAAUGAUAUUAAACCACCUUAUGUCAAUAUGUCAAAGUAAACGUGGUCAAUAUGAUUGAUUUGAGUUUAUUCGAAAAGGAAUGACCACAGGAACAAUGAAUGUUUGCUACAAAAUGAAUGACCCCGUACCCAUCUCCUUUAAUCUAAAACAUAAUUCGGACAUAUUGGAGGCAGAGUUUACGAUUGCAUUGCUGAAACAUUCGUAAUUAGUGUAAGAAAAAAAAUGUAUGUAUGACAUAUUUGUUUAAUUCUCCUGUCUUGGGAAAAAUUAUUAGAUCUCUAGGCUGUUGGCAUUCGUAAUGUGUCAUUGAUCUCAUUGAUGGUUUCUUUGAACUGCUCUUAGCUUCUUCAAAAUGCACCACUUAUGUUUUAAGAUCUAUUUUUCUUUUCUCCCUUUUGUGUUCUGUACGACUUUGACUUAUGUCUUGGCCUCAUGUUGGGUGUGUCGUCGACACCAUGAGACUGAUUUACCAGUGUUCCACAGUUUUGCUUUAAAACCUGUAUUGGGCUUUGUUAAAUAAAAAUACAUUUUUUGUUCUUUUUAAGUAACAGCUUUCUCUUGUCUUGUUGAUUCUUCACUCAAACCAGGAUAAAUGUGCAUUCUAAGGUUUAAAGGGGUCAUUGAAACUCAAAACAAAUAUUGUUUUGGUGAACGUUGAUUGACCCCUCACAGCAAGGAGGGACAAUAUUUCAUAGACAAAACAAGUAUGACAGUGUGGCGCGAUCAACAGCAUGUUGACAUGAGUUUUAUUGUCUGUAAUCUCAUGCAGGCUAUCUGUACCCAUGCCUAUCAGUAACAGACACCAUUAGAUUAAUGUCAUAAAACACUGGGCUGUGGUUAUGCCUUUACUUGUAGAAAUAUCAACCCAACAUGACCUGUUUAUAACGGGUUGGACCAUCCUGAUCGUGUUGGAGCAGGCCGGCAAGCUCACACCCUCCGGCAGAACUCAUGACAUGAUGCUCCAGAAUGUGGUUCAGCUGGUCUAGAGAGGUGCUUUAUUACACAUGUUUACAUGGGCAACGGCUCAUAAAUAAUAUUUCCACAAAUAUGUAGAUACACACACUUAAAAUG